GUUGGUGAUCCUCUUUUCCUCACCAUUGUCCGAUCCCGGCUUAGUGGAAGAGAGAUGAGCGAGCAGCACCACGAGUCCCUACGCGGAUCGCGGAACAUUACAACGGGAACUGUUUUGUGAACGUCAUGAAUAAUUCAUUACAAGCCGGCCACUACCAACGCCAAUGAAAAGCAACAGAACAGCACAACGAACAAUGCCGGGCCCAGCCGCUCAUCAACUUCCGAACAGCGUAACGGCGUUAUACGAAACAUGUUCAUUUGCCCGUAUGUACGCCCCAUACAUUACUUUUAAUCAACCGAAACCAAUAUUUGAUUAGAAAAAAAAGGUGUACUUCGAAGCUCAGGAAAAGGAAAGACGGACUGGAAUUCGAUUCAGGUGGGACGGUACCUAGCUAUGCUCGUCAGGAUGGCCGACCGAGUGAUAUCUCUGGUAGCAGGUGUGCUGUUGCUGAUUUUGACAUGGACGGGCGCAGGCUGGAUCGCAGGUUGUGAGGGCUCCGACUCGGCUUAUCAACUCUACGAAGACAAGAUGCAGAAUUACAACGCACUCAUUAUUCCGGUCGAAAACAGCUCCAGGACCAUGGACGUCUACGUUGGCUUGGCACUCUCUCAGAUCGUCGACAUCGACGAACAGAAUCAGAUAAUGAUCACCAGUAUUUGGCUGAAACAGAAAUGGCAUGAUUACAACUUCGUCUGGAACCCAGACGACUACGAUGGUCUACGACAGAUGGAGGUUCCUAUCGAUCAAAUAUGGAAUCCGGAUAUCGUCCUCUAUAAUACGGCCGACGGCAACUAUGCAGUGGAUGUUGUCAAUAGAGCCACGAUAAAACACGACGGUACCGUCUACUGGAACCCUCCCGUCAUCUUCAGGAGUUCUUGCCUGAUCGACAUCUCCUACUUCCCCUUCGACGAGCAACGCUGCAAGAUGAAGUUCGGCUCCUGGACCUACGACAGCUCCCAGCUUGACAUCAAGCCGCUCAGCCCGCGGCUUGAGCGGGAAAACUACCGGGACAACGGCGAGUGGGACAUUGUGGAGUCGCCGAUCGAGAAGCACGCCAUCAGGUACGCUUGCUGCGAGGAUGUCUACGUGGACCUGACCUACACGUUCGUGCUCCACCGAAACCCGCUGUUCUACAUCAUCACCCUGGUGCUGCCGUGUAUUCUCAUCGCCCUGCUGACGGUCUUGAUCUUCUACCUCCCGUCGGAGGCUCAGGAGAAGAUCACCCUGUGCAUCUCUGUCCUCCUCGCCCUGAUCGUGUUCCUCCUCCUCAUCCCUUCCAUCAUCCCGCCCACCUCCACCACGGUGCCUCUCAUCGCCCGCUACAUGCUCUUCACCAUGGCCAUCGUGUCCAUUUCCAUUGUGGCCACCGUCUGGACCAUCAACCUCCACUUCCGCAAUGUCGGCACCCACGAGAUGAGCAGGUGGAUGCGGCGCAUUUUCCUGGAGAUCCUCCCCAGGAUCCUGCUGAUGAAGCGCCCGGGGGAGGAGGAGCAGCGCAAGGAGAAGGAGAAGCAGAAGGAGAUGGAGCGGGCUGUCAUCCGCAGCAACGCGGCCUCCCCCUUCAUUUGCCUCCCGGUGGAGAACGGCCGCGGGAGGCGGGAGUCGGGAGGCCUCCCUGCCCUCGCCUCCACCACUAUCCCGCCGUCUCUGCGCGAGGAGGUUGAACACAGGGAGCGGGGGAGCCCCCUCAGGAGAUUCGGGGAGUACAAACCCGUCAGGAAAGAGUGGCAAGAAGUCCUUGGUUAUCUUCACUACAUUCAGAACAACUUAGAAGAGGGUGAUAAGGUGGAAGAUUCGGAGGACGAGUGGGCGUUCAUCGGGCUGGUGAUCGACCGCUUUCUCUUGGUGGUCUUCACGGUCACCGUAUUAAUCGGCACCGUCGUCUUCUUCCUGCAGUGCCCCAUCUUCUGGGAGAGCCCUAACACCCACUACCAGGAAGUGUACGAGGAGCCCGAGGUCCUGCUCAGUGCCAGCUACUACGAUCUGUUCCCGACGUCGCCCCCUGCCCAACCCUCAGUCUCGGUAUCGCAGUAGGCUGUGGUGCGCCUCCAGCAAGAGGAGUUUCAUUUCUACGCUCUGAGUUUGAUAAAGUCAAAGAAACGUCACCCUGUGAUACUUCUACGCUCUACUUGCGCUGGGAGACAACUUAACUUGUCUCAAAAAGCGAACUAAAAUCACCGUGUUGUACAUCAUCCGCUGAGAAAAAAACAAACCAUUCGUAUGAUCAACAGUCUACUCCCUUCAGCAGUUGCCAGGCUUUUCUCAGGAAACUGCCUGCACUUAGUUCAAAAAGCAUUUUGAAGGGGUCGGUGUUUGUGUCUAGUGUGCCAUAUACGUAAUGAGCAUAAACUCGUUCGUGCAAAGCGAUACUUUUUUUCCCAGGCAGAGCAGAUGUAAAUUUUGCUCUAUAUGAUGGAUUCUACUGAAUUGUUUUUACCUGGGUAUUAAAAUGAAGUCGCCAUCGAUGGAAAAUGAGACGAGUACUGUGCCUUUUACGAAAACAAAGCGCUUUCCUUUGGUAACUUUGGUAACAGAGUAAAAGGCAGGUCACAUUAAAAUCCCUGCAUAAGCUGGCUUUUGAAAGCUUUGGAUCAGCAAGCAAAUUUUACGCAAAAUCAGUUAGUACUUGUUACAUUUAGUUUAAGCGUGUUUGACUUCACACUAAGUC